AAAGAUGUCCGCUCCACACGGGCCCCGGGGCGGCCCUGGCCCUGCUGCCGCUGCCGCCGCCGCCGCCGCUGCCUCGGCGGCCGGCGCCAUGCCGGAGAUGCCCGACCUCAGCCACCUCACCGAGGAUGAGAGGAAGAUCAUCCUCGGCGUCAUGGACCGACAGAAGAAGGAGGACGCGAAGGAGCAGUCGAUGUUAAAGAUCAAAGAAGAACCAAAGCCUCAGCCGGCACAGUGGUUUCCCUUUAGUGGGAUCACUGAGCUGGUAAAUAACGUCCUUCAGCCACAGCAAAAGUCCCAAAAUGACAAGGAGCCAAAGCCAGACGCGAAGUUGCACCAGCAGUUUGAAUCGUACAAGGACCAGGUGAAGAAGAUGGGGGAGGAGGCCAAGGAGACCCAGGAGCUGAAGAGCGAAGCCCCAACCUGCGGGAUAUGCCACAAAACCAAGUUUGCCGAUGGCUGUGGCCACCUCUGUUCAUAUUGCCAAACGAAAUUCUGUGCUCGGUGCGGAGGACGAGUGUCUCUGCGGUCAAAUAAGGAGGACAAAGUGGUUAUGUGGGUAUGCAACUUGUGCCGAAAACAACAAGAAAUCCUCACCAAAUCGGGGGCGUGGUUCUUUGAAGGCGGCCCGCAAGGGAAGAAGGCCAAACUGCAGGACCCGUCCCUGUACCCCCCCUACCAGGGAGCCUCAGGGGACCUGACACCAGCGUCAGACAGAAGCAGACCUCACGGCGGGCUCCUCCGCAGACAGACGUCCCUCGACAACGGGGCGGGGCCGAGGUACUCGGCGCCCGGCGACGCACCCAUAGACAGGAAACGAAGUCCAUCUGCAUCUAGGGAUCCAAACCAAAAAUACGACCAAAGGGAGGGGGGCGACCACUCGCAGUAUGCCCCGACGGACGGCGGCAUGCCCCGAUCACCGUCUGACUAUGGGGAUGGGGACCAUCGGCGGGCUCCGCGGGGCCCACAUAUGUACCCAGACGCGGAUGCGGCGCGGAUGGGCUACCGGGACCGGCGGGGCCCCGGACGCUGGCACUCACAGGAAUACCCGCUGGACCAGGAGCUAGAUGGACCGCCCAGCGAAUACGACCUGCAGCGGCAGCGCCAGGAGGAGUUCCAGACGCGCUAUCGCAGCGACCCCAACCUGGCACGCUACCCCGUGAAGCCGCAGCCCUACGAGGAGCAGAUGAGGAUGCACGCCGAGGUGGGCCGCGUGAGGCACGAGCGCCGCCACAGCGACGUCUCGCUGGCCUACACGGAGCAGGAUGACCCAGGCCCCGUCCGGCUGUCCCGACAGCAUCUCACCGAGCGCCGGCCGCCGAUGGCGGGACAGCGCUCCUACUCUGUGGACCGCUGCUCACCAGGGCCCAUGGGAGGCCAGAGGACCUCCAACCACAGCCCUCCGACACCACACCGGAGCCCCGUGCUGGGGGACCGAUCCGGGGACCUGCGGAGAGGCGACCUGGGGGAUCCCUCGAGGAGGCAGCAGCACCACUUAGACCCCAGUUCAGCCGUCCGCAAGACCAAGAGGGAGAAGAUGGAGAGCAUGUUGAGGAAUGACUCCCUCAGCUCGGACCAGUCCGAGUCGGUGCGCCCGCCGCCACCCAAGCCCCACAAAACCAAAAAGGGAGGAAAGAUGCGGCAGGUGUCGCUGAGCAGCUCGGAGGAGGAGCUGGCCACCACACCAGAGUACACCAGCUGUGAGGACGUGGAGAUAGAGAGUGAGUCAGUCAGUGAGAAAGGGGACAGUCAAAGGGGAAAAAGACAAACUAUUGAGCAGACAUUUAUGUCCCAGCCAACACACACCUUAUCUGAGAGGCAAAAGAAAAUGGUGCGCUUUGGGGGACACUCAUUUGAAGAGGACUUGGCAUGGUGUGAACCGCAGGUUAAAGACUCGGGAGUUGAUACGUGCAGUAGCACAACCCUAAACGAGGAGCAUAGCCAUAGUGAGAAGCACCCGGUGACGUGGCAGCCGUCCAAAGAUGGGGAUCGCCUCAUAGGGCGAAUUUUACUCAACAAGCGCAUGAAAGACGGAAGCGUGCCUCGAGACUCGGGAGCUCUGCUCGGUCUGAAGGUGGUGGGAGGCAAGAUGACAGAAUCUGGGAGACUUUGUGCUUUUAUCACUAAAGUGAGGAAAGGAAGUCUAGCAGACACUGUUGGACACCUCAGACCAGGUGACCAGGUGCUGGAGUGGAACGGGAAGCUUUUACAAGGAGCCACAUUUAAAGAAGUUUACAAUAUCAUUCUAGACUCUAAGCCUGAGCCGCAGGUGGAGCUGGUGGUCUCACGGCCAAUAGGAGAUAUUCCAAGGAUACCAGACAGCACACAUGCACAACUGGAAUCAAGUUCGAGUUCCUUUGAGUCUCAGAAGAUGGAUCGCCCGUCCAUCUCCAUCACGUCCCCCAUGAGUCCCAGCAUGCUGAGGGACGCCCCCCAGUACCUGUCAGGACAGCUCUCAAGCCAAAGCCUUAGUAGAAGAACAACGCCUUUUGCCCCUAGGGUCCAGGUCAAACUGUGGUAUGACAAAGUGGGCCAUCAGCUAAUUGUCACCAUCCUGGGCGCCAAAGACCUGCUAGCCAGGGAAGACGGUCGGCCCAGGAACCCUUACGUCAAAAUCUACUUCCUCCCUGAUAGAAGCGACAAAAGCAAGAGGAGAACAAAAACGGUAAAGAAAUCCUUAGAGCCCAAAUGGAACCAGACCUUUAUGUAUUCGCCGGUGCACCAGCGGGAGUUUCGGGAGCGCAUGCUGGAGAUCACAUUGUGGGACCAAGCCAGGGUGAGGGAGGAGGAGAGCGAAUUCCUGGGAGAGAUCCUCAUUGAGCUCGAGACGGCUCUCCUGGACGACGAGCCGCACUGGUACAAGCUGCAAACCCACGACGUGUCCUCCAUCCCACUCCCACGGGCCUCCCCGAACACACAGCGCCGGCAGCUCCACGGAGAGAGUCCAACGCGACGGCUCCAGAACAAAGGCUCAUAUUCAUACAACUCAGGAUCCCAAAGGAUAAGCGACAGUGAGAUCUCAGACUACGAUUGUGAAGACGGUGUUGGGGUAAUAACAGACUACCGGACGAAUGGCCGAGACUUCCAGAGCUCCACGCUGUCCGUCCCCGAGCAGGUGAUGUCGUCUAACCACUGUUCUCGGUCGGACGACAUUAACCGGGCGCGGUCGCGCUCUCCCAGCGUCCCCCCACCCUCCAGCAGAAGUCUGGACCCAGCCUUUGACCUUAGGCCUUCUCAGUACAGCUCCUCCACUAGAGUGGACAACCACAGUGUGUCCGAAGAUCACUACUCACCUGACAGGAACCACGGAGCCAUGGAUAGACACGAGUAUCACAGCAGGUCCCGCUCUGCAGACCAGCGGCCCACUAUAGAGCGGCCCACGUCCCGCUCGCGCUCCACUGAACGCCCCCACGACUCUUCGCUCAUGAGGUCCAUGCCGUCUCUGCCAUCUGGGAGGUCCGCCCCCCCCUCACCUGCCUUGACGAGGGCUCAUCCUCCUAGUGGAUCAGUCCAGACCAGUCCCACCAGUACCCCCAUGUCCAACAGACGAGGAAGGCAACUCCCAACGCUUCCAGCCACGGGGAAAGACAGAAAAGAUGGAGACGGAGGAUCACAGCCGAGUGAAGGUGUGGACAUGGAGGAGAGGACCCGGCAGAUGAAACUGAAGAUGAACAAGUCCAGACUGGAGCAGGACUACCACAAGCGUCCUGGCAGAGAUCCUCGGGGCUCAGAUAACCUGUCGGCCAAGUCGUCGGACAGUGAUGUGAGCGACGUGUCCGCUGUGUCGAGAACCAGUAGCGCCUCUCGCUUCAGCAGCACGAGCUACAUGUCUGUCCAAUCAGAGAGGCCGCAAGGGAACCGCAACAUCCGCCAGUUGCGAUCGCGGAGCCUGGAGUCUGGGGAGGGGGCCGAGCAGUUAGCAGGAGCGCUAGAGGAGGAGCCUGGCGUGGGAGGGGGAGGAGGGGUGGUGGAGGGGAGGAGGGCGAAUAAAGAGGGGAGAUCUCAGGGAGGCGGGGAGGUAGACACAGGCGAGGAGCAUCAGCCAGAUUUGGUGGAGACGCAAGAGGACUCGGGCCAGAGGAGUAUCUCAGAGAUUGACCUCAGUGACUUUGCAUCCAAAAUGAAAAACAGGCAGAUGGGCUCGUCGGGCGGCAUAAACAUGACCAAGAGCACAAGCAUCAGCGGCGACAUGUGCAACCUGGAGAAGACGGACGGCAGCCAGUCGGACACGGGGGUCGGCACGGUAGGCACCGGCGACAAGAAGAGGCGCUCCAGCAUCGGGGCCAAAAUGCAGGCCAUGGUCGGCAUGUCGCGCAAGAGCCGGAGCACCUCUCAGCUCAGCCAAACAGAAGCGGGAGGUAAGAAGUUACGCAGCACGAUCCAGAGGAGUACGGAGACGGGCCUGGCGGUGGAGAUGAGGAGCAGGAUGACUCGGCAGGCCAGCCGGGAGUCCACGGACGGCAGCAUGAACAGCUACAGCUCCGAGGGAAAUCUCAUCUUCCCUGGUGUCAGGCUCUCCUCAGACGCCCAGUUCAGUGACUUCCUGGAUGGUCUCGGCCCGGCUCAGCUGGUGGGACGGCAAACGUUGGCUACGCCACCUAUGGGAGACAUCCAGAUCGGUAUGGUGGACAAGAAAGGAGCACUGGAGGUGGAGAUCAUCAGAGCCCGUGGCCUUGUGGGAAAACCAGGUUCCAAGGCACUGCCAGCACCAUAUGUAAAGGUCUACCUUUUGGAAAACGGAGUCUGCAUAGCCAAAAAGAAAACAAAAGUAGCAAGAAAAACCUUGGAUCCUCUUUACCAGCAGCAACUGCCGUUUGAGGAGAGUCCAGGACGGAAGGUUUUACAGGUCAUUGUUUGGGGUGACUAUGGACGCAUGGACCAUAAAUCAUUCAUGGGAGCAGUUCAGAUACUGUUAGAUGAGCUGGACCUGUCCAACAUGGUGAUUGGCUGGUUUAAGCUCUUUCCUCCUUCCUCAUUGGUGGACCCUACUCUGGCGCCACUGACAAGAAGAGCUUCCCAUUCGUCACUGGACAGUUUCUCUCGGUCAUAGCAGCGUGCGGACUGAUAGCAUUGUUGUAGCAGCCAGUGUUGCGACGACAGGUCACGCCCCCCGGUUACACUGCAUGCUUGAUGUUGUGUCUUCUGAGCCUGUUUCUAGGGGUGCAAAACGUGAUCCUGUGUUUUGAGCAAAAAACGUUGCGCACAUUGUGCACGUGGAGAAGCGUGUCGCAAGCGCCUGGCGGCCGGGAUUGCCGGGUGUUGUUGUUGUUGUUAUUUGGAGGAAGCUGGAAUGAACUCCUUAGCACGAGGAAUCCGUCAGUUCCAGGUUUUCAUCCAAUUCGAAGCCAUGAGGGUCAUUACUGGGAACCGCUAAACGAGUUCUACAGAAGCCCUUUUCGAAUGAAAAAUAAAUGUUUUUCUUUCUUUUUUCUUUUCUUUUUAUUCUUUUCUUUUCUUUUUGUUGUUGUUAUAGAGUCAAUGUUCUUAUAUCUGAAGGGGUGACAGUGUUUCUCACCAGAUGCUUGGUCACGCCACGCCAACAGACCUAGCUGUGUAGAUGGAGCUUUGGAGACCAUCACUUUUGGUGAGGUGUGUCUCAGCUUGUAUCCACACCCCUCAGCCCCCCCCCUCCCCAGCCCCCACCCCAAAAUAAAUACCCCACAUUAUGUACUGUAUCAAACCGUACUGGUAAAUCACCAGAAAGACUUCAAAAUUAAUCAGAGCAAUAUUGAAGUGGCUACCAUCAACACUCCAGAAUAUGCAGUAACGAUCAAAAGCCCAUUAAAAGAUGUAAAAUCUACCAUUAUUCUUUCUCUGUUGAUAUAUUGUAUGAAAAUUAAAUGAGAAAAAAAAAUAUGUUUUUCCCUUUUAGUUCAUUUGCAUGGACACAAAUUUAGCUGCAUUUUUUAAAAAAUUAAGAAAAUUAUUUUCUUGAGGCUGCAACUUACAUAAAAGAUGAAAAAUAAAACAGAUCAGCCAUUUUCAACAAUUGAUAUUAUUUUUAAAGAUAAAUUUCACUAGUGCAUGGUUUUCAAGGGGAGUGAAUGCAACAUCGUGAGUAAAAAAAAGACAUUGUUUAUCAUUCUUUAGACCAUUCAUGAGUCUGUGAUUUACAGACAUGCAGAUAAGGGAAACUUAAAGGAAACUUUUGGAGCUAUUUAACAGAAAAAUGUUUGUGACAAAAAGUGAUAAUGAAAAUAAAUGUAAGUUAUUUAUUUCAUUGUAAAAGGCUCAUGCCUUAUCAAGAUAAACAUUAUGUGCAAAUUGUACAUGUUUCUCUUUUCUUCCUUGUCCCAGGGUACUUCUCAUUGUACGAUUCAUUGCUACCAUUGUUCAGUCCCCUGAUAUUGUCCAGAUUUUAGGACUGUUGGUUGUUUUACAGUUCUGUAUUGUUUCAGUAUGUAUUUUAUUUUGGGUUUGAUUUGUUUAACAAGCAUGUUGAAAAGGAUUUUCUGCAACAUGGCUUGGGCACACCUUACAGUAACUCAGCAUGUUUUGAUAAAGAUGAUAUUUGGAAUUUUUGCAGUUUCUUGUACAGUGCAUGUCAACUUCAUUACUUUUCUCCCUCACCUUAAAUUGAACUCUACGACAAAUUAGUUAUUGGUCUUCCGCGGCCAAUUAUUGAAGUUUUAACAAAAACAUUCCACCCCCAAGGUCAUAUUUUAUUUCAGGUUUUUGAGAAAAAAGUGACAAGGAAAAUAUUUUCUAUUUAAUGGAGGUUGACGAAACAGUUGUGAUUGCAAGUGUAUUUUAUUUCAGUAUUGUUGACGAACAUGCAAAAAUAAUCUGUAUUAGUACAGCAAGAGGUCUACACCUAAUCAAGAGGCAGCAAACAUGCGAGAGAUGUAUGUUGCUGUGGUUCAAUUUUACAGUCACUGUUUGUGAAGAUGAGCUAAUCACAAGUUCAAAUAACAAGGGAUAUUGCCACAGAAAAUGUUUUUUCUUGUUUUGAUGAAAAUGAAAUUAAUUUACUAUAUUUUUGUUAGUUUUAUUUAAAAGCCAAGACCAGUUUAUUUUUUAUUUUCUAUUUUUAGUAAUUAUAAAGAUACUUCUCUUGUCUGGGAAGUAUAUGAAUCUUAUAGUUGCAGUAUGUCUGAAUGAAAUUGAACUGAGGCAUUAUUCCUUUUCCAUAUGACGAUGAGACGUUUUUAAGUGUCCAAGAAAACCUUGUCACAAGCUAUCACAGGCUACAGCAUAUAUUUUAAUUUUCAUUGUACAUAACUUUAGAUGUCAGAAUUUGAAUAAACAAGCUACCAUGAACAGAUUGAUAGAGUCGCUUGGAACAGGAAGAAUGCCUCACGCGAUGACAAAGACAUAUGUUAUUUAUCCUUUUGAAUGCCUUUUCAUUUUCUCUUUUUGGUGCAAUGUGUUAAUGCCAAGGCUAUGUCUUGGUUAAGUAUGGUUGAGUACAGAGAUUUAUGUAAGUUAUUUUUCAAAUAAAAAAAUUGAUAUUACACUGAU